UGUUUUUAUCGAUUUUAUUUUUGGCAUUCUGUUUAAUGUCAAUUCAUCCCAUUUAAAUUAGGUACAUUUGAGUCUCACACACAUCCAUCUUCAUCAACUUUUUCUUCGUUUACCUUGACCCAGUUUUUUAACUCCGAUCGAGAUCAUUUAACUUUAAUUUUACGCGUAUUUCCUUCUUUUUCAACAGAUUUUGAUUGAUUUUUAAUGUUACGCAUUUUUAAUUAAAUACUUUUUCAGAUUUUAAUAUUAACGACCUUUAAUUAUUCUAAUGACUACUCUUCUAAUUACUCCAACUUUAAAUUCAACUAAUCAAUUUGCUACCAAUUUUGCCCUUUAUUUACUGAAAUCUGGUCGAUUUACUAAUGGGAAUAGACAACUCUUUGCCUUGGUUUCGCCUAAAGAUGGAACAAAAAUUUCAAAAUCGCUGGAACCUUAUCUAGAGGGAGGUCAACUCAACAUUUUGUUUGGCUCUGCUAAUUCUCAAAAGAUUGUUAAGAGAGUUGUCGAGGUUAAUGAGGUUUGUGAUUUAAGUUUGGUAUUGUCUAAGGUCCAUAAUUGCUUCCGGGAUUGCCCUGUUUGUCUCUGGGUAGCCUUUUGA